CAACGGCGGCGCUUCUGCAGGAGCUGGAGUCGCGCGCCCCCGCCACCGGAACCUCGUCCCCGCGCACACGCGCGCGCGCCUGUGCCGCCGCUUCCCCGGUGAUGAUGCCGGAGAGAUGGAGAAACUGUCCGCGAGCAUCUCGGAUCUCUCGUGGAGCGCAGUGUCGCUGCCCCUGGACGCCGUGGUGGGCAAAUUCCGCCUGCCCACACUGGUGAAGCUCAGCGCCGGUGAAAAUGUGGAAGGGUUGUCUGAGGAGGACGUCGUCCUGUUACACUCAUGCCGGCAAUGGACUACAGUCACCGCCCACUCUCUUGAGGAGGGGCAUUACGUCAUUGGACCCAAGAUUGACAUCCCGCUGCCCUAUCAGGGAAAGUUUAAGUUGCUGGAUCAGGACCGGGAUGUCCGGGAGCCGGUUCAGUACUUUGCGAGCGUUGAGGAAAUCGCCGGAACUUUCCCUGACCGAGUGUUCGUCAUGGAGCCGAUCACGUUCAGCAUGAAGGUGGUGUCGGGCGAGUUCAGCGAGGACAGCGAGGUGUAUAACUUUUCCCUGCAGGCGGGAGAUGAGCUGACUCCGAUGGGCCGGGCUGAGCUGCUGUGUGUCCAAUCUGCUCGCGAGAAGUCGCGCCUUGCCGUGUUGCUGCGCCGGCUGGGCCGAGUGAGCGGAGCUUCAGGACGCCCCAACCGCACCAAGCUGCCCUGUCUGAUCUGCCUGAACCAGCGGACGCGGGAGAGCGUGCGGCUGCCGCUGCAGUGCCGGGGCCGUUUCUGCACACGCUCGCCGCUUGAGCUGCGCAUGCAGGCUGGCGAGCAUACGCUGCGCACCAUCAUCGAACGUGUGCGGCUGCCCGUCAACGUGGCUGUCCCACCACAUCCUCCACCUCCACCUCGCAGCCGCUAUGACCAGCACACCAUCCGCCAGGGCCAGCGCUACAAGUUGCUCGCCAUCGUCAGCCGGACCGUGGUACUCUGCUGUGUCCUGCGCAAACAGGAAGUGACGCCUUCUCACUUCCUGUUGCUUAACGACAUGCCGCGGUUCACGCUGCCUGAUGGCUUGCUGCGUGAUGACCCCGUCUACCAGCGGGCGGUGCUGCUGAGCGCGCUCCGUUGCCAGGAGACCUUUGACCCGGACGAUUAUUCCCGAGCUGUGCGAGAGGUCAAGGUGGACCUGACCGAGGAGUGCGUGAGCCCGCGCAGGAUACGAGUGUAUCCCGUAUUCUCACCACAGAGACUCUCGCUGUGCGUGUACGGGGGUGGAGCCAUCACACCGACACCCACACCAGGCUGCAGGGACUCACUGGGAGACACACAGACUCCCCCUGGAGGUGAUGGAGAGAGGGAGGGGGUGGGUGAAGGGGAUGAGCGAGAGUACGUCACCCCUGAUUGGCCCACAGAGACACAGGAAAUUCCUUACGAAGAGCUCUGGGCCAAUCAGAGUGGAGGAAGCUAUGCAGAGGUUCCUGAAAGCACAGUCAAAGCUGAGCACAACCUUAUAUCUUUCCAUUCCACUUCCUCAUUGGAUGGUACAAUAGGCUCCACCCACGUUGCGAUGGUGCAGAUGGAAGCAGGACGAGUACCGACUCCACCCCCUGUUCCGCCCAAAUCAGAAGCUGUGAAGGAGGAGUGUCGGUUUUUGAAUGCUCCUCCCGUUCCACCCCGCUGUGCUAAUGUUGGAGGCCCCACUCCCAGUCCUCCAGUCCCACCCCGUUUCCCUAAAGCUCCAGCUACAAGCACACGCAGUCCAAAUGUGUCCUAUUACUCCUCAGGCCUGCAGGAAAGCUCUGCUCCUCGUAGUGGCAGUAGUUCUCCUUCUCCAGACUCCUAUUCUCUGUACUGUUACCCCUGCACAUGGGCUGACUGUGUAACCUCUGACUCCUCCGUAUCACCUGACCCUAAUCAACCCGCACAAGCCUGCUGGUCGCACCCCCGAAGUGGUGGAGUUUUUACUUCAAACAUUCUAAACACACCCCUCCUUAGCACAGACUCUGCCCACAAAAAUUACUCCACUUGUCCCCGACCACGCCCAGCUGCACAGAGCCGCUUUGCCCCAUUUGGUGCCCUGAACCCUUUUGCCAAUCCAGGACAUGCUUCGUCUGAUUGGCUUGCUACGGGCAGGAAAUCUCCCAAUCUGAUGCCUGACCUCACUAGCGCCACGCCUCAGGAGUCUCAAGUCAAUCAGGAAACAAGUCCGGUUCCUCCACCCAGACCAUUAAAAAGCUUAGAGGAGGAAACAUCCGUGUCUUCCCUGGUGAGGGGCGCAGAAGGUGGAGCUGGGUUAUCAUGGCGACCCCCAGCGGACCUGUGCUGGCUCUCGGUGGAGGAGGUGUCAUCCUGCUUACGUUUCAUUGGGCUGUCAGACGAUGUAAUUGGCCUGUUCAGCCGAGAGAGGAUUGAUGGGUCAAUAUUCACCCAGCUCACUGAAGAAAUCCUGUCUGAAGACUUCAGCCUUACCAAACUGCAGGUCAAAAAGAUCAUGCAGUUCAUCAAGGGCUGGAGACCCAAGAUAUAAGCCUUUAUUCACUCUCGCGCACACACACACGUACUGUGAACAGUAAACCCAUUAUGCAUGAUGGUAUAUAAAAAAUAAAGGUGCAUUUCCACAGAGGUUCCUGAACCUUUUGAGGCGCUAAAGAGUCACUGAACAGUUCCUUGAUUAAUCUCUGUUUGAACCACUGCAGGAACUAUGAUUAUGUAAAAUAACAGCAGUACAUUAAACUCUGCUGUAACAUUUCCUGGUCUGUAAAAAGUAAAAAAAAAAAAAAGUACCUACUUUGGAGCAUAAACUAAAGUUUGCAAGAAAUAUGGCCCAGGAAAUAAAAUCAGCAAGUGCAUCCUAAAGAUCCUGGGUUCCUGAAAAAGUUCCUACAGUACUUGAAAAAAGUUCAUGUGUUCAUAAAAAGGUACUUCUCCAUGGAAACACUAAAGCUGGAGCCUAUCCCAGCUGACUGUGGGCGAGAGGCGGGGUACACCCUGGGCAGGUUGCCAGAUCAUCACAGGAAUGACACACAAACAACCAUUCACACCUACGGUCAAUUUAGAGCCACCAAUUAACCUAACCUGCAUGUCUUUGGACUGUGGAGGAAACCCAUGCGGACACAGGGAGAACAUGCAAACUCCACACAGAAAAGCCCCGUUGGCCGCUGGGCUUGAACCCAGAACCUUCUUGCUGUGAGGCGAUAGUGCUAACCACUACACCACCGUGCCUCCCUAACACUAAAGUCUCUUAGUUGAAAAGGAAGUUCAUGAGAAGGUUCAUUGUCGUAGAAACUUGCUUAAAAAAUUCAGAAUGCCUGAACAAGUUCCUGGGUUUCCUGAAAGGUUCCUCUGCUGGAAACAAGUCAGGUAGUAGUUGUCUGCAAAAAUGUACCUGCUGUAGAGCAGGAACUAAAAUCAGCUAGUGGAAAUUAAAACAUACCGGGUUCCUGAGUAGGUUUGUGCACCGAAAAUGUGCCUAAAGUUACUGCGUACCUAUAAUAAGGUACCUCUCUGUGGAAACAUGGCUAAGGUUUCGGAGUUGAAAAGGUUCCUGUGGUGUAAACUAGUGCCAUAGAUCCAGAGAAAGGGUUCCAGGGUUCCUGAACAGGGUCCUCUGGUGGAAACACCAAAUUUCAGACAAUAGUGAUCUGGAAAAGAGUACUGUACGUAUAUACUGUGGAACAAGUUCCUGAGUUCCGGUAAAGGUUCCUCUGGUGGAAAUGUGCCUAAUGUCAGAAUGAAUGAAUGUAUGUAUGUAUGUGUUGAAAUUAAGAGAUGCACGUAUGUUCCUUUCACACUCGUGCUGAUAUAUUUUGUGGGGUUAGAUCACUCAGAGCUCAGAUGCUGAACAGCAUCAAACUACUGAACAGUAUCUCUGUGUGUGUGUGUGAGAGAGAGUGAGUGUGUAAAUAUAAACCUGUGUGUGUGGUACGUGUUUUUUUUUUUUUUUUGUUAAGAAAAGAUUUUAUAUAUUUAAAUACCACUCAGUACUUAGCUUCUUUAGGGAUCAUCUCUAAACUCCACUCCUGCACAGACAUUGUUUCUGGAGACCGUCUCAAAACUACGCCUCUUUAAAAAAAAAAAAAAACAAUCAUCCAAUAGGGACUAAUGUCAAACACUACUUGAGACUGUCUGGUUUAUAAAUUGUUAGUGAUUUUAUUUUUUUCUUUAAAAACACCAGACUGCUUAGACUGACGUGCCUUUAGAGGAACCAUAAUGGAACAAAGGAUAAUUCUGCUAUAUUUUAAGGAAGCUUUUUUUUUUUAACCCAAAAUGUGACAACUCUGUCUUUCCACUGUC